AUGUCAGCCGAACCAAUUGAAGUAGAUCCAGCCGUCUCAGAGCUCGAAACUGGCUCGGCACCGACUGAAGCGCCAGCUCCAACUGAAAACAAGCCUGAGGAAGCUGCUCCAGCCGAAGCUCCAGCUUCCGAAAGCGCACCAGCGUCUGCUCCAGCUCCUUCGGCUGCUCCAACGCCCUCCGCUGAUUCUAACGCUGCCAAGAAAGACGUAAGUUUACUUUGGUGAUUUGGUUUUAAAGUUUAGGUUAAACUAAUUGAACGGAUAUGGAAAUAUAGGUAUAGAAGCUUUCACAGGUUUAACAUUCUUUUUUAGGACGAGCCAGUUCAGAAUGCUUUACAGUCUAUCCCAACUAGACAAUACUUGGACCAGACCGUUGUACCCAUUUUGCUUUUGGCCUUAGGGGCAUUGGCGAAGGAAAGACCGGCUGAUCCAAUUGAGUUUGUCGCCAACUACCUUUUGAAGGAGAAGAACCGUUUCGCUGGUGGCCGACCAGCCCCUGAACAACCAUCUAACAAUUAG